CAGCAAUAUGUGGACUAAUGAAGUGUCAAAAGUGUUGCACCUAACGAGUGAUCAUUUUCAUCCACUUCCGUGAAAUAUUUACUUAGUUUCUGGUGCAUCACGUUGAACACUCGACUGUUACAUUUUCUAAACUGAUCUAGAUGGGCCGGGCUCUCGAUGCCAGUGUGUAGGCUACACGUACCCUAUUGUAUAUGAUGCACGAUGGUCACAGUUUAGCCUUGCAUUUCGCCGUGACCUUUUAUUUCUUUAUCAUAUGAACAUUUCCAGUAAAUCGAAACUGAAAUUCUACUGGCCCCGCUUAAGCGAAUAGUACGGCUUCGGCUCGCACCCACUGCCCGCGCUAGAACAUAAAACCCGGAAACAUAAGCUAAAGUGUGUAUUUCGUGAGCCCGAAUCAGGACGACUCAGAUACGAGCUGCAUUAGGAAUACAACAAAGUCCGUGAGUGUUGUAAAGGAUAUGUUCCUGGAACUAAAACGUUGACCAUGGAAGAGGAGUAUUGCGUAAUAGAAGAGGAUGAGGUGAGGGAGAUCAGGGAGGCACUGGAAAAUGAGACCUUGACUUCAGCGGUGGCUAAGAUCCAGGACUAUUUUGAGCAGCUUGACCGUGUGGAACUAAAUAUUGCCAUCACGGGAGAGUCCGGGUCUGGCAAGUCCACCUUCGUCAAUGCAUUCCGAGGCCUGGGGGACGAAGAGGAGGGCUCAGCUAAAACUGGCGUGACUGAGACCACCAUGGAGCCAACUGUGUACCCCCACCCUAAAUAUCCCCAAGUCAAAGUGUGGGACCUUCCUGGGAUCGGGACACCCAACUUCAAAGCAGACGAGUACCUUCAAAAAGUACAAUUCCAGCGUUAUGAUUUCUUCAUCAUCAUUGCCUCAGAACGAUUCAAAGUCAGCAAUGUGCAGCUGGCCACUGAGAUACAGCGUACAAAGAAGAAGUUCUACUUUGUUCGUUCAAAGAUCGACAACUGCAUAAAUGCAGAGAAAAGAAAGAAGGGCUUUGACAAGGACAAAACACUCAGUUUAAUUCGGCAAGACUGCAUUACAGGCCUCCAGGAAAGCGGGGUAGAAUCCCCCACAGUCUUCCUCAUCUCCAGCUUCGAUCUACAGCUCUACGACUUCCCGCAGCUGGAGGAGACGAUGGAGAGAGAGCUGCCCAAGCACAAGCAGCGUGUGCUCCUGCUGUCCCUGCCCAACAUCACCCUGGACAUCAACCAGAGGAAGAAGGAGGCCUUGCAGGCCAACAUAUGGAAGAUGGCCCUGCUAUCUGGCGCCGUAGCAACUGUGCCCAUCCCAGGUCUGUCCGUGGCGGUGGAUGUGAGCAUCCUGGUCAAAGAGCUCACCAGUUAUUACCAGGCUUUUGGCCUGGAUGAUGAAUCCCUGCAGAAUCUCUCUGAGAAAACAAAUGUGCCACUGGAGGAGCUGAAGGCGGUCCUCAAAUCCCCCCUCAACAAGGAGAUAUCGGCCGACGUGGUCAUAAAAUUGCUGACCAAAUGUGCUGGGGCAGGGCUGAUGCUGCUGGAGUACUGGGUCAGCACAAUCCCGGUGUUCGGCUCCAUGGCAGCCGGGGGGAUCUCGUACGCCACCACUCACAGCAUGCUGACGUCCUGCUUGAAUGAGCUGGCGGACGACGCACACAACGUCCUGAUGAGAGCUUUGCAGACAGAAGUAUGAAAAUCAGACUUCACACCAGUUAAAGUGCCUUUCAGUACUAGUGCCUAUGAUCUUCAUGAAGAUGUUCUAAUGGAAAUUAAAGUUUGUAUAUUCUUUAACAAGAAAUAGUGGUGUUUGUAUUUGAAAAAACACAGCUAAGCAAUCUUUAUAAUGUGAGUAAUAUACACAUUUAUUAUAAUCAUGACUGUCACUGGAUUUUUAUGUGGAUGUAUUAACUGGUCUAUAAAAAGAAUUAAUUGACACCAUGGACAAAUACUUAGCUGGUUUGGUUUAUUUGACGUAAGUACCAUCAUCUAUAUCUCAGGAAACCUAUCCAUGUUCUGUUUUUUUUGGAUUAGUUUGGCACAUACAGGGUUGGGGGCUGGUCUUCCAUCUUUUAAAUAAAACAAAUUAAAGUCACACAAGAUGCACAGUGCAAUCCACCAAACUGUAGCCAAUUCAAUCUACACUUACAUGUUUAAUGUGUGCAAUUAUAUGCAUUUGUUCCUGAAUAAAUCACACACAAAAACA